UGGGCGACGCAGAAGCACCAUGACGCAGGGCAAGGUGUCGCUUGCAAACAAGGCCACUGGUGGUUCCACCAGUGGAGAGACUCUGGUGUCACCGGCUCCUCCCAGCUAUGAAGAAGCCACUGCAGGAGUCAGUGCUCCUUGCUACGAUGAUGCUGAGAUGCUCACAGAGUUCACCUGGGAUGACCGGAACAUCCGCAGGGUCUUCAUCCGGAAGGUCUACGCCAUCUUGAUGAUCCAGCUUCUGGUCACUCUUGCUAUUGUGGCUCUGUUCACUUUCUGUGACCCGGUGAAGGACUACAUCCAGUCGAACCCUGGCUGGUACUGGGCCUCAUACGCCGUGUUCUUUGUCACAUACCUGAUCCUGUCCUGCUGCUCCACACCGAGGAGACAGUUCCCGUGGAAUCUGAUUCUGCUCACCAUCUUUACCCUCUCCCUGUCCUACAUGACCGGGAUGUUGUCCAGCUACUACAACACCAAGUCCGUAGUGAUGUGUCUGGGCAUCACAGCAGCAGUCUGUCUCCUGGUCACCGUCUUCAGCUUUCAAACCAAGCUGGACGUGACGUCGUGCCAAGGCGUGCUCUUUGUCUUCUGCAUGGUGAUGCUCCUCUCCGGACUGGUGCUGGCUUUUGUUCUCCCAUUUCAAUAUGUGCCAUGGCUGGACGCCACAUACGCCGUGUUGGGAGCCAUACUGUUCACCAUGUUUUUGGCGUUCGACACCCAGCUGCUCAUGGGGAACAAGCAGUACGCCAUGAGCCCAGAGGAAUACGUCUUCGCCACGCUCAACAUCUACCUGGAUAUCAUCUACGUCUUCUCCUUCUUCCUCCAAAUCUUUGGAACAAAACGGGACUAAACUUAUCGAGGGCUACACAAAUGUAGGAAUUUAGGCAGGCGUGACCGUCUAUAAAAAUGUCGGUGAUUGUGGUGAGAGUGCUUCCAGUAACAACACAACCAUUAUUUCACCCGGAAUGAAUACUCCUACAUGAACAUGAACGCAUGACAGUAGUCACACCUAAGACGUCUGAAACCGUUUCCUCCCCUCUAGCAUGAAUAUAAAACCAACUUUCCCAGACAGAAAACUCUCUGUGACCUUCGUUCAGUUCAAGUAGAUGAGACAUUUUGUCCACAUCACGCUGUGUGGGUGUGUGAGAUCCAUGCUUACAUCCACAUUCAU